CUCCAUCCGCCAUGUUGGAUGCCGCAGAUUCGCCAUAAGCUAGCCGGCUCUUUUCUUAAAAAAAUAAAAAUAAAGAGCGAAGCAUCAGCGGGGCGCCCCGCCUUCUCGGUGGGCAAGGGAGGGGGUCCGGAAGAGCCCAAGGCUUUUUUUUCCUCCGCGGUGGGGGCGUUGCCAUGGAGACGCGGGCCGCAGAAAACCCGGCCAUCUUCAUGUGCAAGUGCUGUAACCUCUUCUCCCCGAGUCAGUCGGAGCUGCUCUCCCACGUGUCGGAGAAGCACGCGGAAGAAGGGGUUAACGUCGACGAGAUCAUCAUCCCCCUCAGGCCUCUGAGCACGCCUGAGCCCGCCAACCCGAGGAAAGCCGGAGAGGAGCUGUCCGUCAUGAAGAGGAAGAGGGGCAGGCCCAAGGGGUCCACGAAGAAGCCGAGCACCGAGGAGGAGCUGGCGGAAAGCAACGCGGGUCCGAGCGCGGCCUGCCCGCUGGCCCCGGAGGAGGACCGCAGCCCGGCUCCCAGCUGCCUGGAGUGCACCAAGUGCUCUCGGAAGUUCUCCAACACGCGCCAGCUGCGGAAGCACAUCUGCAUCAUUGUGCUGAACCUGGGCGAGGACGAGGGCGACGCAGGUAACGAGUCUGACCUGGACCUGGAGAAGAAGUUUAAGGAGGAAGAUCGCGAAAAGGCCCCUCGGAGACCGCGGACGCAGAGAACGGAGAAGGUCCAGCGGGUCUCCUCGGGGAAGGAGGCCGGGCAGGCGUCCAGAGCAAAGAAGCCCAUCGUCAGCGUGGUUUUGACUGCCCACGAGGCCAUCCCAGGUGCUACCAAGAUUGUUCCCGUGGAGGCCGGGCCCCCAGAAACAGGAGCCACGAACCCCGAGGCCACCUCCGCCGAGCGGGCGCCCCGGAGGGGGUACCAGGAGUACGCGAUCCAGCAGACACCGUACGAGCAGCCCAUGAAGUCAAGCAGGCUAGGGCCCACCCAGCUCAAGAUCUUCACCUGCGAGUACUGCAACAAGGUCUUCAAGUUCAAGCACUCGCUGCAGGCCCACCUGAGGAUCCACACCAACGAGAAGCCGUACAAGUGCUCCCACUGCAGCUACGCCAGCGCCAUCAAGGCCAACCUCAACGUGCACCUGCGCAAGCACACGGGCGAGAAGUUCUCCUGCGACUACUGCUCCUUCACCUGCCUGAGCAAGGGCCACCUCAAGGUGCACGUCGAGCGGGUGCACAAGAAGAUCAAGCAGCACUGCCGCUUCUGCAGGAAGAAGUACUCCGACGUCAAGAACCUCAUCAAGCACAUCCGGCACGUGCACGACCCGCAGGACAAGCCGGUCCAGGAGGCCCUGGACGAGCUCUGCCUCCUGACCCGGGAGGGCAAGCGGCAGCUGCUCUACGACUGCCACAUCUGCGAGCGCAAGUUCAAGAACGAGCUGGACCGCGACCGCCACAUGCUGGUCCACGGCGACAAGUGGCCCUUUGCCUGCGAGCUGUGCGGCCACGGGGCCACCAAGUACCAGGCGCUGGAGCUGCACGUCAGGAAGCACCCCUUCGUGUACGUGUGCGCCGUCUGCCUCAGGAAGUUCGUCAGCUCCAUCCGGCUGCGCGCCCACAUCCGGGACGUGCACGGGGCCGCCCAGGAGGCGGCCGUCUUCACCAGCUCCAUCAACCAGAGUUUCUGCCUCCUGGAACCCGGGGGCGACAUCCAGCAGGAGUCCCUGGGCAGCCAGCUGCAGCUGGCUGAAGAGGAGUUUGCGUUCCAGGGGGUCAGCGCGCCCAAGGAGGCGGCCUGCCCCGGGGACGGGGACGCGGAGCCUGAGGCGGGACGGAAGGAGCCGGAGGCCCUGCUGCAGGUGCCUGCCCCGGCCGAGCACUUAGCCGGCGCCCCCCAGGCCGGAAGCACUGCCCUGCCGUCCUGUGCGCUGGAGGCUGCCGCGGUGGAGCCCGCGGGCCUGCCCCCCCGGGUGGUCGUUCCCAGUGAGCUGCUGCUGAAAAACGACCCCUUCUCUGCCCAGGUGCACGCUGCUCCUGGGAAGACCCAGGACCCCCAGCCCGGAGGCCCCACCCAGACUCAGGACGAGGAAGUCACCCUGCUGCCGCCCAAGGCCGGAAUCCCUGCCGCAGGCCAGGAGGCCCAGGCCUCCGAGAGCCCCCCAGGGGAAGGGCAGAAGGCCGCUGCCCUCCCGCCCGAGGGGCCAGAUCCCAGUAGGUGCCCCAGGUCAAACCCAGCAGAGGCCUCGGACCCGCCUCCGGCGGCGGCCGGCGGGAAGGACGCGGCCCUGGGCCAGGCCGACCUCUGCACCCCCGCGCCCGAGCACCGGGCGAGCAUGAACGCCUUCCUGCGGGUCCUGGACAGCUUGCAGAAGAGGCGCAUGGACCCCGGCCUGUGCGAGAGGCUCCGGAAGGUGUACGGAGACCUGGAGUGUGAAUACUGUGGCAAACUUUUUUGGUACCAAGUGCAUUUUGACAUGCAUGUCCGCACCCACACCCGGGAACAUCUGUAUUAUUGCUCCCAGUGUCAUUACUCUUCCAUCACCAAAAACUGCCUUAAACGCCAUGUAAUUCAGAAACACAGUAACAUCUUGCUGAAGUGUCCCACUGAUGGCUGUGACUACUCGACUCCAGAUAAAUAUAAGCUGCAGGCACACCUUAAAGUGCACACAGAGCUGGACAAAAGGAGUUAUUCUUGUCCUGUGUGUGAAAAGUCUUUUUCAGAAGAUCGAUUGAUAAAGUCGCAUAUCAAGACGAACCAUCCCGAGGUUUCCAUGAGCACCAUCUCCGAGGUGCUCGGGAGGAGGGUGCAGCUGAAAGGGCUGAUCGGAAAGAGAGCCAUGAAGUGCCCGUACUGUGAUUUCUAUUUCAUGAAGAACGGCUCCGACCUCCAGCGGCACAUCUGGGCUCACGAAGGGGUGAAGCCCUUCAAGUGCUCCCUGUGUGAGUAUGCGACUCGCAGCAAGAGCAACCUGAAGGCUCACAUGAACCGUCACAGCACCGAGAAGACCCACCUCUGCGACAUGUGUGGCAAGAAGUUCAAAUCCAAAGGGACGCUGAAAAGCCACAAGCUCCUCCACACUGCUGACGGGAAGCAGUUCAAGUGCACGGUGUGCGACUACACGGCGGCGCAGAAGCCCCAGCUGCUCCGGCACAUGGAGCAGCACGCCUCCUUCAAGCCUUUCCGCUGUGCCCACUGCCAUUACUCCUGCAACAUCUCGGGCUCCCUGAAGAGGCACUACAACCGGAAGCACCCCAACGAGGAGUACGCCAACGUGGGCGCCGGCGAGCUGGCGGCCGACACGCUUGUCCAGCAAGGUGGCCUGAAGUGCCCGGUCUGCAGCUUCGUCUACGGCACCAAGUGGGAGUUCAACAGGCACCUGAAGAACAAGCACGGCCUGAAGCUGGUGGAGAGCGAAGGAGAGCCCAAGUGGGAGCCGGCAGCAGAAGCCCCCGAGGAGCCCUCCACCCAGUAUCUGCACAUCGCCGAGGCCGAAGAGGAUGUUCAGGGGACGCAGGCCGCCGUGGCUGCGCUGCAGGACCUGAGAUACACCUCCGAGAGCGGCGACCGGCUGGACCCCACCGCGGUGAACAUCCUCCAGCAGAUCAUCGAGCUAGGCACCGAGACGCACGACACUGCAGCCGUCGCCUCGGUGGUUGCCAUGGCUCCCGGGACGGUGACCGUGGUGAAGCAGGUCACCGAGGAGGAGCCCAGCACCAACCACACGGUCAUGAUCCAGGAGACCCUGCAGCAGGCAUCCGUGGAGCUGGCCGAGCAGCACCACCUGGUCGUGUCCUCCGACGACGUGGAGGGCAUCGAGACGGUGACCGUCUACACGCAGGGCGGGGAGGCCUCGGAGUUCAUCGUCUACGUGCAGGAGGCCGUGCAGCCCCUGGAGGAGCCGGCCGGGGGGCCGCCGACGCAGGAGCUCUAGGGGCCGUGCACGUCUCACAGAGCCGGGGGGGCCUGCGGGCUCUGCAGGGCACCCAGGGGCCCCGGGGCAGCGAGGCUGCAGACCGGCACUCCCCCUCCACAGUGCUGUUUUCGGUGCUUCCCGCCAGUCGGCCCCCAGGGCGGCUCUCCCUACCCUCCUUUGGGUGGGCAAGGCGACUGGCAUCACCAGCAAUACAGGACCCCGCCCCAGCCCACACCUCUGCCUACCCAGUAGGACCCGCUUCUGGAAAGACCUGUGCAUCAGCUCCCACCUGGCGCAUGCCGCGCCGCCCCCUUCCGUCAAGUGUCAGAGGCUCCGCACUCCCGUCAGCCUCUCCCUGAAUCACCCCGACUCCUGCCCCACCGAGGUGCCGAGUCGUCUUCUGGGACUGCCGUGCAGCCCGGGGCCGGGGAGACAGCCAUCCCAGGGAGCGUGACCUUACGAGGCAAAGGGGGGGUCCGGGCUCUUCAGUUAUCCCCUCCUCCAGCACCGAGGGUGCUUCUCACCGCGGGGGGUGACCACCCCGUGGGGACUCGUCCACUGCCCUCACCCGUGGGGUCUCAGCUUACAGUCUUGCCAUUCUUCUGCAUUUACAAAAAUUGCACUUUCUACUGUUCACCUCCUAUUCUGAGGAGGUGAGGUGGACAGAAUAAAACCAACCUCUGCCUGG